CCCCCUCCCUAGCGGUGAGCGCACAAAGGCCUGGAGGCGGGGCGGAGGCCACGCCUGUGCUGGGGGCUCCGCUGGGCCGCGACCCCGGCCUGCCCAGACGGAGUGGAAGGGAGGGGAGAGUCAGAGAGGGAGGAACAUCAAUGUGAGGGAGAGGCAUGGAUUUGUCUACAACAUGCGCCCCAAAUGGAGUCGCGGAUCCCCGCUACAACCACGAGCGCGACGUCGUGCACUCGCCCCGGGUCUUCAUGAGGCAGCUGCCCGUCACGCCAGGCUACUGUGGCUUCGUGCCGUACCUGAGCUGCGAGGGCACCUCCAGCGAGGACCGCAUGUCCCCCUGCCUGCAGGCCUUCCGGGAGAAAACGCAGCGCUACAAGGACCAGCAGAAGGAAUUCUGCCACGCGGUGGCCACCGCCCCCAAACUGAAGCCCAUCUGCCAGGAGGAGACGGUCCUGAGGGCGCUGCACCAGUACUACCAGCAGUACCACCCCUUGAUUCUGGAAUGCCGAGACAUGAAGAAGCCGCUGGAGGAGCCCCCGAUCCCGGGCUGGGCGGGCUACCUGCCCAGAGCCGGCGUCACGGAGCUGGGCUGCGCCACCAGGUACUCUGUCAUGGCCCGAAACUGCUACCAGGACUUCCUGGACCUCACGGAGCGGUCCAAGAGGGCGCACCUGAAACCCUACGAGGAAAUCUACGGAGUGAGGUCCACGCAGCCGCCUCCUGCUCCUCCUCCAAAAGUUUUGCAGCACGAAUGGCUGCCCAAAUACCCGGACUUCUCUCUACCAGACAGCAGCUGUCCUGGCCUUGAAGUCCCCCCAAUAGAGCGCCCCAGGCCUCCGGGGAUGUGCGGCUACGCUCAGAGACCAAAUUUGUGCAACAGGAAGCUCUAUCUGGAGCCACUGUCCUCAGCCAAGAGCCCCCUGGGAGAGCCGCCCGGGGCGAGUGGACUCUAGGGGGCGCUCGGGAGCUCGCCAGUCUCCCGGGAGAAGCCGCCCUCCCCACCCCCGGCAGGACUAGGGAGAUUUGCACGUGAGAAUCCCUUUCACCCUGGCUGGCUGGCAGUAGGGUGUCGGGAGCGAUAAAGACCUUGUAUUGUCCUGUGGGAAUAAAGAGUGUACUUCUCAGCA